AUGGAUGCAGUUCAUUACGCGCCCGCGCUGGGUGGCGGCCGCGUCCCUAACGACACACUCAUAAACGCAUCUGACAGCGACUUAUUGUCGAAGAGACGAGCGCUAGCGAUCCCGCGCGACCGAUACGGUGAGAUGUUAUCGCCCCCGGCCGGCAGGAAGCGCUUCAGCCCAUUUAAGGGUGCAUUAAAAUCGAAUACAUCAUAUUUGUUUGAUUUCCUAGUUCGCGUUUUGCCCUGUAAUUAUACAAGUCACCGUCCGUGGCCGGAUCUCUGGCGGCGUAUGUUUCCGACGGUGCGGGUAUCGUUUGCCGGUUGUCGUACGGAUGCGCGAUAUGCCGUCCUGCUGGACGUUGUGCCGGUGGACGGCAAGCGGUACCGGUACGCGUAUCACCGCUCCUCAUGGCUGGUGGCCGGCAAAGCAGACCCUCCUGCACCUGCGCGUCUCUACCCACACCCUGACUCACCAUUCAGCGGGGACCAGUUACGCAAACAAGUCGUCUCCUUCGAAAAAGUCAAGCUCACUAACAACGAGAUGGACAAAAAUGGCCAGGUACUAGAUUUAAUGUCUCCACAAAUCACCUUUACACCUGUACGUAUGAUUAAUGAUUUGACAUCCAACGGAACUAUUACUGUUGUCAUAUCAUAG